AACCCCUCGAAACCCCUUCGAAUCUGUGUGAUUCAUGAACUGAAAGUCUAAAAGCUGAGCCGAUCUGCAACGGAGAUUGUAAGCUACGAGAAGAGAAGUCAGUAGUACAAGCAGCGAUUCAUUGAAGCAGCUUGAGAUUUCUGCUUUUCCGUUCAUUUUCUUCGAUAUUGCAACUUCGAUUAAGCAUUUUUUGCAUCAUCCGUGCAAAAGAAUCGCCAGGAAGUGAUAUAUAACGAGGAGAAGGUUCGAAAACAUCUCAGGAAAUGUCGGUCCAAGAAUACCUUGACAAGCAUAUGCUUUCCCGGAAAAUUGAGGACGCCGUCAAUGCCGCCGUUCGAGCCAAAACUUCCGAUCCAGUCCUUUUCAUUUCUAACCAUAUGAGGAAGGCUGUUCCUUCUGUGAUCACCAAGUUAAAAGCGAGGCAAGUUCUUGACAGUAGAGGCAUUCCAACUGUGGAAGUUGAUCUCCAUACUAAUAAAGGCGUUUUCCGUGCUUCUUCUCCCAGCGGAGCUUCAACAGGAAUGUAUGAGGCUAUUGAGUUACGUGAUGGAGAGAAAGGAAUAUACCUUGGGAAAAGUGUAAAAAGAGCUGUUAAAAACAUCAAUGAGAAGAUAUCUGAAGCUUUAAUUGGCAUGGAUCCAACUCUUCAAUCUCAAAUUGAUCAGGCAAUGAUGGAUUUGGACAAGACAGAGAAGAAGGGUGAUCUUGGUGCAAAUGCAAUUUUAGCUGUAUCAAUUGCUGCUUGCAAAGCUGGAGCUGCUGAAAAGGAGGUACCUCUAUACAAACACAUUGCUGAUCUUUGUGGUAGAACCAAGUUCAUGCUUCCUGUCCCUUCCCUUUCCAUGAUAAGCGGUGGUAAACAUGCCGGCAACAAUCUUGCCAUUCAGGAUAUUAUGAUUCUUCCUGUGGGAGCUAAAAAAUUAGAGGAGGCUAUGCAAAUGGGCUCAGAAACAUAUCAUCAUUUAAAGGCUGUUAUUACAGAAAAAUACGGUGCACAUGGAUGUAAUGUAGGUGAAGAUGGUGGUUUAGCUCCAAACAUCUCUAACAUUAAAGAGGGCUUGGACCUCGUAAAGGAGGCCAUUAGUCGAACAGGAUAUAAUGAGAAAAUAAAAAUAGCUCUUGAUGUAUCGGCUACUGAUUUCUGCAUAGGUACAAAGUAUGAUUUAGACCAGAAAUAUCCACAAAAGUCUGGGCAAAAUUUCAAGUCAGGAGAAGAUAUGAUUGAGAUGUACAAAGGACUCUGCACAGAUUACCCGAUUGUGUCAAUUGAGGACCCAUUUGACAAGGAAGACUGGGAGCAUGUGAAAAUAUUUUCAGAUCUUGAAAUUUGCCAGGUUGUGGGGGAUCAGCUAUUGAUGUCAAAUCCCAAACGUAUUGAAAGAGCAAUUCGAGAGUCUUCUUGCAACGCACUUCUUCUGAAGGUGAAUCAGAUUGGAACUGUGACAGAGGCGAUUGAAGUAGUGAAGCUAGCUAAGGAUGAACAAUGGGGAGUUGUGGUCUCUCAUAGAAGUGGGGAAACAGAGGAUUCUUUCAUUGCGGAUUUAGCUGUUGGCCUUUCGACAGGUCAAAUUAAAGCAGGUGCACCUUGCCGAGGAGAAAGAGUCUCCAAAUACAACCAGUUAUUGCGCAUAGAAGAAGAGCUUGGUGAUCAGGCAGUGUAUGCCGGCAAUGACUGGCGUUCAUCGUGAGGUCAUUUUCGUUAAUAUGAUGUAUGUAUCAUGACUGCUUUGAAAGGAAUCCUGGAGUUCAUCUGUGACGACAUUGAAUUAGAGGAAUUUCAGCUUGCAUUUUAUGUUAUUGUUCUUAGCAUGGGCAGGGCAACAAUUUUUGGAUAAUUUUUAUGGCUUUCUGUUUUUCAGUUUUCUGGCUGCCUACUUUUUUUUAAAUAAUUUUUUUAUUAUAAAUUGGAGAGACAAAUUACCAUUUAAUUUUUCAUUCUCCAUUUGGAUA